CAUCGAAAUGGCUCCCAACUUCGGCCGCUCCAUCUCCUUCCCUUUCACCCCGGCGAGGUCAUUCUCAAAGCCGUCCCGCCACGUCCGCUCCGUUAGCCUCCCCGGCACGACCUCCUCCCACCCGCUCCUUGUCAACCUCAAAGCCCGCAUCGCCGCCCUCCGCUCCUGGAUCCAGCAGGACACUACGGCGUCGCUCCAUGCCAGCCUUGCCGCCAUCCAAACGCUCCACGCCGCGCUCGCCGACCUCCUCCGCCUCCCGGAGGCUGGUGCUGCGCUUCGAUGCGCCACCGGCAACACCACCGACCACCUUCUAGACGCCUUCCUCCUCCUCGCCGACGCGCACCAGGGCUUCCAGGAGUGCCUCCUCUCACUCAGGCAGGCCGCCGCCGAGUCCCGUGCUGCGCUCCGCAGAGGGGACACGGGCAGGCUCGCGUCCGCCUCCAGGUCCCACCACAAGGCCGAGAAGGACCUUGCCCGCCUCGCCGCGUCAGUCUUCGCCAUCUCCACCAAGUGCGUGAGCCUGAACCUCGUCGCCGUUAGCGGCGAGGAUGCCGAGAUGGCCUGCGCUCUUCUGGAGGCGGCGGCUGCCAGCGCUGCGGCCGUGUUCUUGGCCGCCGCGUCCAUGUCGUCUGCCGCGUUGUCUUGCAAGAAGAUGUCCACGUUUAUUCCGGCAUUCGCCACCAAGAAGGUCACCGCACCGGAGACGGCGGUGGUGGCCAUGGAGGACGUGGAUUUUUAAAGCACUUGCACCCAGGCCCUGCUAUCCUAGCUCUUCAAUAUCGCUUUAAGAUCCGUGCGACACAACUAUGUUUCUAUAUGAAAUUUUCUCUGUUUUGCUUCUCCCACGUAGAACAUAUCUUGAAGUUCAAACCUAUGCAGGAUGGCAAAGCUUUCUAACUAGAAUCUAGGAUAAAUCUUU